GCUAAGCUAUUUCGCAUAGCGGUAAGCGCCUCGAUAACGACUGACUGAGCGUAGUGCCAGUGGUGCCCGGUCGACCGCCAUUUUGUUUAGUCAAACACGGCGUAGUGAAAAUUAAACCAACGCAUAGCAAAAGUUAAGAAAACAGUUGUUUAUUUCGUCAAAGUUUAAUUUAGAAGUUCUGUAUAUUUAUUACAAUAAUGUCUGGAGGCAGUAGUGCGAACCGGAAUGAGUGCAGAAUAUACGUAGGAAACCUACCCCCUGAUAUAAGGACAAAGGACAUUCAAGAUUUAUUUUAUAAGUUUGGCAAAGUUACAUUUGUUGAUUUGAAAAACAGAAAAGGCCCUCCAUUCGCUUUUGUGGAAUUCGAAGAUCCGAGAGAUGCAGAUGAUGCUGUUAGAGCUAGAGAUGGCUAUGACUAUGAUGGAUACAGGCUGAGAGUGGAGUUUCCACGUGGUGGUGGAGGUGGUGGUGGCAGGGGUGGCCGUGGUGGCGGAGACAGGUUUGGGGGCAGACCUGCUGCACGAGGCCCACCUGCUAGGAGGUCAGAGUACAGGGUCAUGGUUACUGGGCUACCACCAUCAGGUUCAUGGCAGGAUCUGAAAGACCACAUGCGUGAGGCAGGUGAUGUGUGUUUUGCUGACACAUUCAAAGAUGGUUCUGGUGUGGUGGAGUUCCUUCGUCAUGAAGACAUGAAAUAUGCCGUGAAGAAGCUUGAUGACUCUCGUUUCCGCAGUCAUGAGGGUGAAGUAUCAUACAUCCGAGUGAAGGAAGACUAUGGGAACAAUGAUCGUUACAGUGGAGAUAGAGACAGGUCCAGGUCAUACUCUCCACGACGUGGUCGCGGCUCACCGACGUACUCGCCCGUUCGUCGCUCGUACUCGCGGGACCGCAGCCGCUCACGGGACCACGCCUACUGAACGCCGCUGGCGCGCGGCGGGCGGCGGCUUCUGCGGCGACUUCUAAUCGCUUUAUAUACACUACAUACACCCCUCAAACUUCACUCUUUCAAAUGUGUUAGAUAUCUGCUCUACUGGGCUGUGACGUACUACUAAACUAUGUAGGCAAAAUUUUAUUGCAAUGUGUGUACUAUAAAUUGAGUUAUUCGGUCGACGAUUUAUAUUUUAAUGAUAAUAAGUUAUAAACGUAAACAACAUGAAUUAAGUUUUAAAGCGAUUUAAUUAACGACACAGGCCAGUUACUCUGCAACCACAGACUUUUAGUUAUAAAAUUGUAUUUGUGCAGCGACAGCGAUUAGCUACCAAUACCGUAAGGGAAACAUUGACAAAGUGUACACAAAUAGGAAAAUGUAAUGUUUGAUUAUAUCUUUGUUACACGUUGACAACUUCCCAUAUAAUUCGCUGUCGGCGCAAACCUGUAGCAAUCGUGUAACAAGUUGGUAAUAAGAUAAUAAACAGUUGUUUUUUUGUUUCAUCCACUGUGGAUCGGAUCUGAUCGGAUUGGGCUCGUUGUGGCGUUUGGUGGUCCUGAGAUGUGAGGGAUCUCUAGGAUACGAUAGGAUUCAAACGAAAGGAUAGGACGCGCGCACUCACCGCUCCAAGGAUUUCGGGAUCUCGUGGGAUCUGGAUUUUGGGAUCUUAGCGGAUCAGGAUAUCGGGAUCUUACUGGAUUUACGGAUUUUAAAGGAUUUAUUCAUUUCGUUCAGCACGGAUCACGGAUCUUUGGUAUGAUUUUGAAUUUAUUGCAAAAUAACUUUGUUGAGUGCACGCUCCGAUUGUUUUUGCUUUUCGAUGUGACGCGGAGACCCGCUUCGCUCAUUACAUACGUCACUAGUCUAGAGCUAACGUGUCAUACGAGCAUGCUUGAGCUUAACCUCUCUCCGAGCAGACGACUCACGGCAGCUUAAUGGGCCCAAGGGUAGAUAGGUCACUAGACAAGAUAGGAAUAUUGCGGUUUAGUUUGAAAUUUGACAUUGUAAGCGGUACAUUUUAAAUUUGCGGUCAUAAUAAUUAGUGUAUAACCUCCGUAAAGCUGGUAACGGGCCUAAUUCUACCCCCGAAAUUACACCGACCAAUCGGAGUGCAUUUAACUAACAUCGCGCUUGUGAUUGGUCGGUGUCAACCGAAUAAAAUACGCAGUAAAAUAAUUUCGGUCAUUUUUUAAAUAGAUUUGACGACGAGUGUGUAUUGUAUAUUAUAAUAGAUACGUCUGCAUUCCAACAACUUUAGUUUGAUGGAUUUUAAUAAAUAUUCAAAAAUA